GCCUAUGCAGCGAGUGUAUGGGUGGAGUAGAGUUUACAAUACAGUGUCUAUGCAUCGGAAGCGCGUCCGGCGCGUCCUCCGCCGGCUCUGACAGCCGAGCUGCCGUAAAUGAUCGCGCGCGUCGGGAAAGUUUGUCCUCGGGCUGCCGCCGGGUUGCGCUCUCGGUGUCUCGGACCCUCGACUCUAAAAUGGCUGGCUGUGGGUCCGAGGGAGCUUCGGGGCGAAGGGAAGGAUCCGGUCCUCGCCGCAACUGGCUAACUAUAAAUGGGUAUGCCCCAAAAUGGAUUCUCAGCUGGCUUCAGUCCUGACCAGGGGCAGCCUGGAUGUCCAAAAUGGCAGCCACUGUGCAGAGGGAUCAGGGCCAGUGACAGAGGGCUUUCUGGACCCAAAGGGAGAACCCUCACCCUGUACUGUACCAGGUAGCCCCGAGCCGUGCCAUGAUAAAGAAGCACUAACCAUCAGGCGGACUGCACCAUCAAUCAAUGGGAAUAAGCCAGAGGUGGGCGGGACUUCUAAGCCAGCCUCUCAGGAAACGAGAAAGAUUGGUAUGUUCAGGCAGCCAAUCACAGUGAAGACUGGAGUGCCUGUGUUACGCAGCCGACCAAUCCGACUCAAAAUUGUUGUUCCCCCACGGUGCAAGAGGCCAAUCACAAACUCUGCCAUCAGCCCGACCAAAGACUUUGCUCACUCCCAUUUGAGAAGACCUGUUUCGGUCUCAGCUGGAGCAGAAACAAACUGUGAAAUCAUAAUAUCUGCUGUUAAGAAUGAAGGAGAAAUCCAGGAUGUUUCUUAUCAUACGACUGAGGAAGCUAAGCCAGAAUCAUUCCACGAGGAAACGGCGUGCAAAGAGAAACAUGUUGCAGGUGUUAAAAUCAUUCGCACUGAUGGGUCAGAAACAACUUUAAUGUCAAGCACUGUUCAAAUAUUGAGCCAGAAAGGGGUUAAGGAGGAAACUACAGAGAGACACAUUGAGGAAAAUAUUCCUCUAAUUUUGAACGAUAUGGAUUUAAAGUCUUGUUUGACGUUUGAUGAAAUGGGAAUUAAGGAACAGACAGAACCUCUGGACCUGAGUUUGCCCCAAAAGAGUCGAGAGAAGAGGUGUGAGCGCCUCCUGGAGGACUCUGGCUGCGAGAGCUCGCUUAUUAUGGAAGUAGAUGAAUAUGAGGGAGAAGGAGACAGAGACGUAGUAGAGGAGGACGAUGAUGGUGAAGGAGAGGUCGCUGUGUUGCAUAUGGACGCCACACACACCCUUGAAGAAUCCCUCCUGUCUCCCUCCUCUACCUCCCUCUCCUCUAUAGACUGUGACACGAGCAACCUUCUUCUCAUAGACGACGAGGGAAUACCGUACACGCUCGAUCCAGACGGACUCAAAGUGCCGCAAGUCGAUGUUUCCGCCUCAGAGGAUCCGGGAGAAGGAAUGGGGUCCCCAGACACCCCACCAUUGUCCACGUUGGCAGAUCCUAGCCUCAGCCAAAGUUUAGAUAAUGCACUAAAUGCACCUUGUGAUCAUCUUUACAGCUCACCAGCCCCUGCUGCGGAUUGUCCAUCAGGAAGUGCUGAUCGGACAAAACCUUCAGAGGUCUUGACGAGUUUGAUUACAAACUCAGAACCCUCUGACGCCGCAGAGCCAACCGGGGAAACUGUUCUGGAGGCUAAUGCUGAGAUAUCAAUCCCCACCCAGCCCAUUCAGAGCCUCACUAACCCUUCUACUAACACUCCUAUUAUCCUGCUGUCAUCCUCCUCCUCCUCCUCCUCACCUCAGCUCUCCUCGGCUCAGGUGGGUCUAUGUCUUCCCUUUUCAGUUACUCAGAGUUCCCCCGGUGCUUCCACCCCAAUGUUUCUCCUCCUUUCGUCCAUACCCUGUUUCUCUGGUGACUCUGCCUCUACCCCCAUCGCCGUCCUUGACCCUUCGACCGGCCAGCUGUCCCAAAUCACGGCGGCCUCGGCCCCCGUCUCCCUCCCGUUGCCCCCCAGUCAGGUCAGCGCGCUGGGAUCCCCGUUGCCCACGCUGUGCCACCCUGUCAUCCGACUGAUCCCCACCAACGCCCCUGACAUCCUGUCAGGAGUGACCGAUGUGAACUCUGUUCUCACCUCGCUAGCCGUCUGUCCGUCCUCUCCCGCUCUUCAAAACGACCGCCGCAGCACAAGCCUUCAUUCUCAAGUCAGUCCUCCUGAUUUCAAACCUGGAAGCGAAGCCAUAGCUGCUGAGGAAGUCUCAAGUGAAAACAACAAGCCAUCAACUUUUACAGCAUCCUCUCCACACCCACAGUCUGCUAGUUUGACCUUUGACCCCUUAGCCCAGCCCUGUGCGGAGGCCCAAUCACCUGCCUCCGAGCCCAGAUUUGAACCGUCGGAGCUGCACUCUGAACAUUUCCCUCUGGACGACCAUCUUUACUUCUCCAACGCGGCUGCUCCUCCUUCCCCCCCCAUCGGACCCGUUCUCCCCUCUGAUAAUCUCGACCCGCUGGAUCCUCUAUCUCCAGAGGGGUCUCCCAAUGCCAUGGCGUCCCGCAGGGUGAUGUACUGCCAGCUGUGCCCGCGGGUCUUCUUUUACCUCUCCGACCUCGAGCGCCACGCCAUCACGCACUCGCAGAAGAAGCCUCACGUUUGCCAGCAGUGCGGCAAAGCCUUCAAACGCUCCAGCCAUCUGCAGAGACACAAGCACAUCCACACAGGCCAGAGGAACUUUGUGUGCCCCAUCUGCGCCAAACGCUUCAGGGAGGCCGGUGAGCUCCAGCGCCACCAACGGGUCCACACCGGGGAGAAACCCUACCAGUGCCAGCUUUGCCACACCCGAUUUGCAGAGCGCAACACGCUACGCCGACACACCAAACGCAAACACCCGUACCACCAAGUAGCCAUGGAGAUGCUGAACGAGAGACGAGACCGAGGAGGAGGCGGCGGCGGCGGCGGCGUGGGAUCCGGCGUGCAGGACGAAGAAGAGAGCGCUGAGUGGUACAGCUCCACUGUGUCCAAUUUGGACAACUCAGAGUCUGAGAUGGAAACUUAGACGAGUUCCCUGCAGAUGGACUCUGUCAAGGGAAGGAGGGUGAUCACCUGUAACUCUGCUUUAACACUAAACUGUUCUCAUUUAUUUACACUAAAGAAGGGAGCAUUUACCAUAUUUAUUUCAGUUUUUGAGCUAAUUUAUUGAUAUGAAUGUAUAUUAUUCCCAUUCCAUGUCGAGGUCAUGACUUCAGCCAGACAUCAUCGUUUCUGACAUUUGCCUUCAUGUAUGAAAUGGUUGAAUACAUGUUCUGUAUAUGAAAUGGUAAAGCUCAUGCUUGAAAUCAUGGUUUUUAUGCGAGUUCAUAAUAUUAAUUUGUCUGCUAACGUGCCCCCAUGAAGUUCACAUGCAAUCCAAUAUAAAACCCUCAAGUGCUCAGAAGUGAAGGAUAACUUAUUGCUCUUAACACUCCUCUGCUCUAGCUGUGUAUAUAAAGAGAACUACUUGUAAGAGCUGCACUAUGUUAUGUGAAAGAUGUAAUCUAUCUUUCUUACCGUCAGAGACACUGUGAGUCAUUUGCACUUGUUUUAUUUCAAUAUUCACUUUUUUUACAUUGUGAAGGAAAAUGCCUACUUUAACUUUUCUUGCAUCUGUUGGUUUUUAAAUAUGUAACUCAUCAUGUGAGAGUUUGACCAAAUGUCUUUUGAGUUAUUCUAACAAACACUUUAUUCAAAUAUUUCUGUUGUUGUUGUUUAAUGUGAUUUAUGUUAACUUAUUUGAAUUACAUUUUGUCAACUGUAAUUUUUGUUGGACCAUUUCUUUCUUCCACGUUGGUGUCUUUUCCAGAUGAUUUACAAAUUGAAAUAUAUUAGAUGUGGCCUUUCAUCUGAAUCACAUAUAGCUCUCCUUGAUCAUGAACACAAGGGCCUUAUCUUUCCUCUAAUUCAAGCUGAUCAUCCGAAAUGACUCUUCUCUAAAUGAAUCACCAAAGAUGAGACCUGACUUCACACAAAAAAAGAAGAAGAUACCUGAUAUAUAUCUGCUGGACUGUCUCUAGAGAGUAAUUGAGUUUGUAGGAGAGUCCUCUGUUUUUUUGCACACACUCAAUUCUCUGCUCCAUUUAAGCCACCGAGCCGCUCGGCUCAAGAUAAGUUAUUCAAUAUUGUAUCGCUCAAAUGACCUGGCCGGCUGGUCAUUGUGCGAAUAGAGAUGCGCUGGCAUGCUGAAAGGCCUGCGCUCAGCUUCAUUGUACUUUUGUUCGGCAAAGUCACUUGUGUAGGGUCAGAGGAAGAGAGAGGAGUGGAGGGUGUUGGAGCAAAGGUCAACCGUCUGUUCUUGGAGAUAGUGGAGCGUAUUUGCUGUGGGAACAUUGCAAGAGUCGAUGUUUAAUGCAUAUUUCACUAUGUUCCCUUUAACUGACUGUACCUCUCUGCAACUCAAAGAAAGAUUUGUUACAAGUUUGAGAUUUUUGCUCCACAAAGGAGUCACAGACAAAUUAUAAAUAACGUUUUAUACUGAACAUGA